AGUAUUAGUCAAUCACAGAAAAGAAGAGUUAUCAUGAAAGAAAAGACAUCUCUACCCAAAGCGUUUCUUGCUGGAGCUUUUAGUGGAACAUGCUCAACCAUUUUAUUUCAACCCCUUGAUUUAGUAAAAACACGAAUUCAAGCGAGGACCGUGACAACUGCGGCUGGAAGCGAUGGCAUGUUGUACACAUUUUAUACUGUAGUAAGAACAGAUCAUGUAGCAGGACUGUGGCGGGGUUUAGUGCCAUCUAUUUACAGAUGUGUGCCUGGAGUUGCAAUGUAUUUUGCUUCUCUGCAUGGGCUGGGUAAUUUGGCAAAUACAGAGAACCCAUCACCUCUGCAGUCAAUUGCCUUAGGAGCAACAGCAAGAACUUUGGCUGGCAUUUCCAUGCUGCCAAUGACAGUUAUUAAAACCAGAUAUGAGAGUGGAAAGUUCAAUUAUAAGAGUAUUCCAGAUGCAUUUAAGUCUAUAUGGAGACAUGAGGGAGGCAAAGGGCUAUAUAGUGGUUUGUUGGCUACAGUGGCAAGAGAUGCACCAUUCUCUGGAUUAUACCUGAUGUUUUAUACCCAAAUUAAAAGAAAAGCUAGAGAUGUUUUACAGGUUGGAGACUUAUCCAGUGGACAGAACUUUUCCUGUGGUGUGAUGGCAGGUUUUAUGGCUUCAGUUGUCACUCAACCAGCAGACGUAGUCAAAACUAGGCUGCAGAUUAAUCCAUCCAAGUACUCCAGUAACACUAAUGCACUGCUUUGUGUCGUAAAGGAGGAUGGCWUGGAAGGAUUGUUUAGAGGGCUUAUACCAAGAACCCUUAGAAGAACUUUCAUGGCUGCCAUGGCAUGGACAGUCUAUGAGGAGGUUGUAAGAUAUUUUGCUCUCAAAAGUUAUGGAUAAURUUCAAAGAAAUGAAUGUUACAAAGAAGAAAGAUGAAUUCAAAAGUGAUGGUACAACCAUAAUCCUUUGUUUCACAGUCAAGUAAACCCUUUGCUUGUGGUGUGACYCAACAAAGAUGGCUCUUAUUCAGAAGCAUGUCAUUCCACUAAAGCUUUUAUUGGUAUGCUUCGUUAUACUACAGACAGAAACAGUCUGUAGGAUAAAGGAAAUUACAGGAUACAAAGAUGAUGCUGUAUUGCCAAAUAUGAACACUUAAGUGCCAUGAAACAGCAUUCAAUAUUCCAGAAGCUGUUUUUGCCACUUAUUUCACAAUGUCACAAAUUUUAGCUAGUAUAGUAUAUAUUAUCUCAAUAUUGUAUAUAUAUUGCUUAUGGAGUUAACAUCAGGAUGAAAGUAUUAUUUAAUAUGUGCAGGAAUUGCAGAUAUUUUCUCUUACAUAGGAAUACAAAAUUAUAGUAAUAUUUUAUACAUACCUAUCAAAUUGAGUGAAGGCAUAAAACCCAUGAAACAAAAUCUACAAUGCUGAUGAAGUGUGAUAGUCAAAAAGGCACAAAAGAAAAGAAUUGAAUUAGAAUGUACUUAGGUGUACUGGUCUAUCUAUUCCAUGGGCAUUUUGACUUCACUCCAGUCUCAAAGUUCAGCUAGCAUUAUCCCAGAUAAAGAUUUAGGAUUUUAACCUUCUGUUUCAAAGUCUUUAUUUUGUUUUCAUUGCUUGUUUUUUCUAAUAUUACAAGAUUAGUAUAAACAAAGAUAAAACCAAUCUUGGAGUCAAACAAACAUUAUUUUCCAGACUGACUGCUGAUAUAUUGUAAUCGUCAUUUAAGACUAUUUGAGGCUUGUAGAGUAAACACGGUUUUGCCUUGAAGUAUAAUGAAGAUGGAUAGUAUUUAUUUGUCUGUAUAUCGCUGAACCAGAAUACUGUAUGAAACAAAAGGUAGUACAUACUGCUCUGGUUUUAAAUAUACUAGAAGUCUAAUGCAAAUUAACUUUUUUAAUUUUGUUUUAUGGUGCAAGUGUGUUUACUUUGAUAAGCUGUUCUCCCUGAUUAUGAAUUCAUUGAAAAUAUUUUAGACAAUCAAAUAGUACUACUUUUGGAAGUUUUCCGAAAGGAUAUAUUGGCAAAUGAAACUGGCUAUCAAGACCAAAACCUGUUGAAGAUAAUACACUGUGUUUGUCAUUCCACAGGUUUCCAAUGAAAAAUAUACUGCUACAAAGUUAUAAAGAGAUUUUUAUUGUGCUAUAAAGAUAUUAAUGAAUUGAAAAUUUGUAAAAAUGAUGGUUGCAAUGGAACUUAGAAAUUGUGACAGUGUGGCACGCACUUAAAAGUUUUAGCCAACAACAUUAGUUGCAUUUGCCAUUUAUUUAUCGACUCGAUUCUUUAUUCUGAGGAAUAAAAUAUCAGGUCAUAUCGGAGCUCUGAAAAUAAUGCAGCAUCAUGCAAAAAUAUCAAAUUCCAAUACAUGGAAUAAAAAUAUUUUAAAUUUUA